CUUUAUUGAUCCUUUAAAGCAAACCAAUUAGAACUCUUUUCUUGUCCCUUCCCAAGAGUCUAUUGGUUGAGGGGUAUUCUCAUUUUCUCCAGGGCCCCGCCUCCAUGUGUCAGGCUCUGCGUUGGUACAGCACGGUUGAUGCGCUGAAGUAAAAUACUGCAAUCUAACUUUCUACUUCAGGCUUGGAUGGACUUUCCUCAAAGGAAAAAAACAAACAAACAAAAAAGGCAACAACGAAUCAGUGAGCAGAACCCGUGCAAGGCGAUUCCAAACUACCAUCUUUUGAGCAUUUCUCCCCACUCUCCCCCAAGCUCUUCUUUUUCUACAGUAGCUAUGAAGUGCAGUUAUGGCAAGGAGUAGCAAGUCAGCAGCGAGGACCCUGGAGGAUUUGACGCUAGAUUCUGGUUAUGGUGGAGCCGCUGACUCCUUCAGAUCGUCCAGUGCGUCGCUGUGCUGCUCAGAGGCACAUGGGGGGAAUUACUGGCAUUUAACCGACUCAAUGCACAGUCGACACAACAGUCUGGACACUGUUAACACGGUCCUGGUUGAGGACGCCGAGAUCCUGGAGUGCAGCGGGCAGUGCGCUAAACUACCCGAGCUUGAGGAUGUGCCAUGGAGCCUCGGGGAAGUUGCAAGCGCGCUGUGCAAGGACGAGGAGAUGAGUCUUCCGACGCCCCCUCAGGACGUCCUGCUUAGGCUCUCGGUGCUGGUCAGCCGAGUCCUGGUCAGGGUCGCCAAGGAGGCGCAGCGCCUGAGCUUGCGCUACGCUAAAUGCACUAAAUACGAGGUACAAAGUGCCAUAAAGAUCAUCCUGUCAUGGAGCGUCUCGAUGAGCUGUAUCGGCGCGGCCGUCAGUGCCUUGUCCAUGUACAACAUGAGCACGGACGAGGACAAGUUCAGCCGAGGCAAGUCGGCACGCUGCGGGCUUAUCUUCAACGUGGGGAAGUUCUUCAGGUGGAUGGUGGACAGCAGGGUCGCGGUCAGGAUCCACGAGCAUGCGGCCAUCUACCUGGCCGCUUGCAUGGAGAGCCUCUUCCGCGAGGUGUACGCGCGGGUGCUGCGCAGCGCCUUGCUGGAGCGCGACAACGGGAUCCCCAAGUUCACGGUGGAGGUCCUGGAGCAGGCCGUCAACGGCGACGCAGAGGUGUGGGGGUCGGUGCAGCCCUGGCAACACCUGAUCUGCGGGAAGAAUGCGAGUGGUGUGCUCAGCCUUCCUGAGGGCCUGACUCUUCACAAGGAGCAGCAACAGCAGAGAGCGGCGAAGUGCGGGGAAGGAAACUCCUUCAGUCAUUCUGAGCUGCGCUCCAUCGAACAAUGCUUACUGGCCACAAGGGUGGGCAGCAUCUCUGAACUCAGCGACCUGGUAUCCAGAGCCAUGCACCACCUUCAGCCGCUGUACAUGAAGAAUCACAGCAACGGGACGCCGCUUCACCACAAGAGCUUCAUGAUUCACUGGGCACCUGAAGCCAUCUACACACUGUGCUACUUUAUGCACUGCCCUCACAUGGAGUGGGAAAACCCCAAUGUUGAGCCGUCAAAGGUUACCUUACAAAUAGAGAGGCCGUUUAUGGUGCUGCCGCCUCUCAUGGAGUGGGUGCGAGUGGCCGUGGUCCACACUGAGCACAGGCGGAGCUUCUCGGUGGACAGCGACGAUGUUCGGCAGGCUGCCAGGCUGCUUCUGCCCGGAGUGGACUGUGAGCCACGCCAGCUCCGAACGGAUGAUUGCUUCUGUGCCUCAAGGAAACUAGAUGCUGCCUCUGCUGAGGCAAAGUUCCUGCAGGACUUGGGCUUCCGUAUGCUCAGCUGUGGACGCACAGACCUGGUAAAGCAGGCCGUCAACCUGCUUGGGCCAGAUGGAAUCAACAGCAUGAAUGAGCAGGGGAUGACCCCACUGAUGUAUGCUUGCGUUCGUGGAGACGAGGCCAUGGUACAGAUGCUGCUGGACGCAGGAGCUGACAUUAACAGUGAGGUGCCAAACACAGUGCACAAGCACCCCUCAGUCUUUCCCGAAACACGGCAGGCGACGCCCCUCACUUUCGCUGUGUUACAUGGACAUGUGCCUGUGGUGCAGCUACUGCUGGAUGCCAAAGCUAACGUGGAGGGAUCCCUGCAGGACGGGAUGGAGAACUACACAGAGACCCCGCUGCAGCUGGCAGCCGCUGCAGGUAACUUUGAGCUGGUGAGCUUGCUGCUGGAGCGCGGUGCCGACCCCAUGGUGGGAACCAUGUACCGUAAUGGGAUUUCUACUGCGCCACAGGGAGACAUGAACUCCUACAGCCUGGCUGCAGCUCACGGGCACAGAAAUGUGUUUCGUAGGUUGUUGUCUCACACGGAAAAAGGAAAAGGUGAUGUCUUGUCCUUGGAAGAGAUUCUGGCUGAAGGUUCAGAGCUAGAAAGCAGAAGUUCAUCUCAGGUUGACCUCAACCGAAGUGGAAAGGCCAAACUUAAAGCUCUAAAAGAAGCCAUGUACCACAGUGCCGAGCAUGGGCACGUCGACAUCACCAUAGAUAUUCGGAGCCUUGGCGUCCCAUGGACGUUACACACUUGGGUCGAGUCUCUGCGUACAUGUUUCCAGCAGCACCGCCGACCUCUGAUCCAGGGUCUUUUGAAAGAGUUCAGUUGCAUUGAGGAAGAGGAGUACACAGAGGAGCUCAUCACACAUGGCCUGCCUCUGAUGUUUCAGAUCCUCAGGGCCAGCAAGAAUGAAGUGAUUAGCCAGCAGCUGUCUGCAAUCUUCACUCAGUGCUAUGGUCCUUAUCCCAUCCCCAAACUGUCAGAGAUCAAGAGGAAACAGACAUCACGACUGGAUCCUCACUUCCUGAACAAUAAGGAGAUGUCUGAUGUGACCUUUUUGGUUGAGGGGAAGCCCUUUUAUGCCCACAAAGUUCUGCUCUUCACAGCAUCCAACAGAUUUAAAACUCUUCUAGCAAACAGACCUUGUGGUGAAAAUACUUGCAUUGAAAUCAGCAACGUCAAAUAUCAUAUCUUCCAGCUGGUAAUGCAGUAUCUUUACUUUGGAGGAACAGACGCUCUGCACAUCAGGAGCACAGAUAUUAUGGAGCUCUUGUCUGCAGCCAAGUUCUUCCAGCUGGAAGCUCUACAGAGGCACUGUGAGAUUAUCUGCUCCAAGAACAUUAACACUGAAACCUGUGUUGAGCUCUACAAUCACACAAAGUUUCUUGAUGCUCCAGACUUGGCGUCCUACAUAGAAGGCUUCUUCCUGAAAAACAUGGCCAUGCUGAUUGAGCUGGAGCCGUUCAAACAACUGCUUUAUGACACUCCUCCUGAAAACCCUGGCAGCGACAUCCUGCAGGCCUUGGAGAAAACCCUAGCCAUCCGCAUCCAGUCCAUCCACUUGUCUUCCUCCAAAGGAUCGAUUGUCUGAACUCGUGUAUAGGGGAUUAUUAUUAUUAUUUUUUAUUUAAGAGAAACAUUUUUCAUUAAAGGAAGCAUUCUUUAUUUUUAGCCUAAAAUGUAAUGCUCACCCUCAAAACCCGAAACAGAACAAGACAUCUUCCUGUGCUCACACUGAAUAUAUUUUGCACAAAUGUUGUUUCCUCCUGCUUCCAUGCUUUUCCUCAAGGUCAAAUUUUCUCUCUGCACGGUUUAAACCUGCAUGCUCAAGUCUUUCCUCUUUGCUACUGAAUUGACUUGAGGCACAAAGCAGGGACUCUAUGAAGUGGUCCAGCGCUAUCUAACAAAUGAAGUGCAUUGCAUAGUAAAAAACAUUUGCACCUCAAAGAUGAUAGUUACACAUUCUUUCCAUUUCCUGGAAAUGUUAAUAGGUGGAGUUUACACAAGCGGAGAGGAAAGCUUUGAGUACAGACAGAGAGAAACUUUGAACGUGAGCACGGGGAAGCAAAAUGGAGGAGGGACCACUGGAUAUGACUGCAGAAAUAUAGUAUGGCUGAGCGAAGCAUAUUUGCAAGUAAGCACUAGUUUGUGAGUUUGAGAGAAGAAUUUUGGGUGCAAGCAUUACAUCAGACUGAUCAUAAGGAAUUUUACUCUUACAUUCAAAAUACAUACUCUUAUUUUGGAAGAAUUUCUUUUCAAGACCUCCUGAUAUUUUUUUUUACCCAAAAGCAGGAAUUAUUGAUAACAAAAUGAUCACAGACACAAAAUAAAGUAUCUCUGUGAGGGAUCAUUUCCUGUUAAAAAGGAAAUAUGGAAAUCACAGACCUUUUGUGUUGUGAUCUUUCUUCUUCAUUAGUUGCUAACAUGCUUCUUGUUAUCUUAGCACAGAUGGUAAAAAAAAUAUGUUUGAAUUGUUGAUAUAUGUCUACUAACACCACUGUCAUAUUAAGUAGUAAACCUCCACUUGCCAAUAGCAAAUCAAACACACUUAUGAAUACAUGGUUCAAUAAGCAAUUUCUACAUAAUGUGAUAAGCCAUCAGAAUAUGAGGAAGAUUCACUGCCUCAUUUUGUGAUUGUUUGCUGAAUUAUUACAACCUGUACAAAGAGGAUCAUUUGUAUAUUUGUGAGUCAGAUCUGUGCAGAUUACUCUGUAAAGCCAAACAAAUCUAGCAAAAGACAACAACCAAUGAAAAGACUGAAGAAACGGAACUUAUGAAAGAGGAAUUUUAUUUCCUCAACAGCUUUGUAAAUUUUGUUGAUAAAACAGAGAUAUUGAUAAUGUAAGUUAAUGUAUAUAGUAACAGAUUUUCUUUUCUCAUGUGUCUUUACUGUUCCAUAUUGCUGUAAAAAAGAAAUUUGUUCAUUUAUAAAGAUUAAUGUUUAAGUGUUGCAUGUUGGAACAUAAGGAGCUGCUUUCACAUUUGGGAAUUGUCUUUUGUCAUUAGCGUGGGUCACUAUUAAUGUGUCGCAGUGAAAAAAAAAUGUCUUUGUUUUGUUCUGAGAGGCUGCAGGGAUGUUUAUUUGAACAUUAUGCUACAGGCCUUUUUUUUUUCUUCCUUCCGGAGAAUUUGCUUUUAACUUUAUCUGGUGUGGGCCCUUAUCUUUAAUUCUGUUUGAAGAGCAGUUUUGAGGGCAGCCCUGUUGUUUUUUUGUUCUCUGCAGCAAAAGGUCAGAUCUCAGCUGGCAGUAGGUUUAAUGUGAGAUCCAGCAGUGCUCAUGGCAGUAGGGUCCAAAUAGCCUGAAAUCUGUGACAAAAAUAAAGAUAUAAAACACUUCA